UAAGCAGGAAAGAGCCCUGGGGGACUUUGUUUACGUUAUGUCUUGAUCUUUUGUGUGGAUAUGCACGCUUAAGAGUUUACCACGUUGAUGUUGGAUCAUUACGGAAUAAGAACGGUAACGUUUGAGUGGUGAAUCAAGUGAUAUCCGCUUUGUUGCAUGUAGAAAGGUGCCAUUGAAGCUGUGGGUAAACACUAGCCUACCUGCGUCCCACAACAACAAUGGCGUAUGCACCUGCGGUCUGGCUUGCAGUGCAAGAACAUGUUUUCAGAACAACAAACAGCUGCAUUAGGCCUUCUACUACUUCGACUCAAGUGAAAGACCGUAGCACCCCAAGGCUUUUCGAUAAGUUUGAUGAUGCAUUCCUACUCAACAACUUCCACUUCAACAGACCGUGCCUCUCAUUCAUUUCGGACCUAAUCAGAACCAGCUUAACCAACGAUGCUACUUUUCAGCCCAAGGACUCGCAGCAUGUGGAUGCCAUGGUGCUACUUGCCCUGCACUUUUACGCCAAAGGGUUGUUGCCCAAAUCAAUGAGGGACUUGGUAGGACUCGAUGCCACAGCGGCCACCAAAGCGGUCAACACGGUGUCCAAAUUAUUAGCUGGCAUGGCUGAAAAAUUCAUCACGUUCCCUGGAAGUCACAAUGACAGGGUCUGUGUAGCGUUGGGCAUUAAGGAUUUGUGUGGUAUUCCAAACGCUGUGGGUGUACUCGGGUGCAUGCAUGUGAAGGUGACCCCACCUGCAGACUACCCCAACCUUUACAAAAACACCCUGGACUUCACCUCUGUCAUGAUCCAGACCAUCUGCGACGUGGACGGCAAUCUCCUGGCCGCGGAGAGAUGCUCUCCUGGGGGUACGCCUGCUCAGCAGGUUUGGGAAAGCUCCGUCAUCUGUCAACACUUCAAACAAGGCUAUCACGGGCCCACCUGGGUCAUUGGUGGCAACGAAUAUGAGCUAAGCACACACUUGUUGACCCCCAAACAGCCCUCUGAGAUCCACAACGCCGGCGACAUGUGCUACAACGAGGCCCACAGCGAGGCCCUGUCAAUUGGCCUCCGCACACUCGGCUCCCUGAAGAGCCGCUUCCGUUGCCUAGACAACCUGGGCCCCGUGCACUCCAGCUCCCUGGACCGCGUGGCCCGCGUCAUCUUCACCUGCUGCGUCCUCCACAACAUUGCCAAGAAGUUCUCUGUACCACUGCCGGUGGAGCUGGUGCCCGAGCCGAUGCACCCGGCGCCAGGAGUCGUUAGGCCCGGAGGGAUGACCCUGAGUGAAGCAGAGGUCAUACGUGAUGACACGAUUGUGACGUGCUUCCAACAGAGGUGAUCCGGGAUGACAUGAUUGUGACAUGCUUCCAACAGAGGUGAUUCGCCUCCAAGGCACGACUGAGGAGGCUUUCUGAGGGUACAGAACUCUUGCACACCUCCUUUGGCCAAGUGCGUAGGAGUGGAACCCCUGGGUCACCAACAUUAGAGACAAGAAAGGUCCCACUCACUGUUCCCAUUUGCAGUGUUUACUUGCAAAUCACUUUAUAGCAAACACUACUUUCCAGAGAAUUGUUGUGUCCAGGAAUGACACAGCCAAAGAUAAAAUACUUAUUUAAACAAAAACAUUUUACAGUUAUUUUAAGUUUUGCUUUUAUAGCGAUGCUGUACCAUUUUAAAUAAAAAGUUUUUUUUUAAAAAAUAAGCUCAUUUUACACCUCCCCUGGAGAUAAAUGAUUGAGUUUUACCUUUCUCCUGUACUUCCAGCCAAGCAUUUGUCAUUGAAUCUUAUGGCUCCAACUACAGUAGCAGCUCCAACUAGGGUCCAACUAGCAGUAGCAUAAGCAGGCUAAGAGAAUGGCUGACGUAACAGAAGAAAGGUAAAACUCAAUUAUUUUAACUCAAGAGAAAGGAGGAGCUCAAAGGAGCUCAUUUCCAGAAAUGGUACAGUAUCUUAAAUAUGUCAGUGUCAAGCAUUACACCACCAGCAUUGGAUUUAAUAUAUUUUUAUUUAGAAUAAAAAAGCAGUGGUGUGUUCCAACUUUACAUAGGUCAUAAUAGUCAGGUUUAUACUUCGACAGAAAUUAUUUUAGUUUUUAAACGUUUUUUUCCAUUGUUUUCCUCUUUUCUAUGUUCCCUGAAUGUUUGAAUUUGUAAAAAUAAACACUUUUGUGAAUGAUUAAUCGGAUCUUGAAAAGUGUCGGUUCUCCGUUGACAUAGAAGCAAGGCUAUAGGCAAAGAAACUUGGAAAAAAUGUAAAGUGGGUAUUUGUUUUCAGUGCCGUCUUGGAAAUCUGUUUUCCUUGAACGAUAGUUGGUACAAAAUACUUACAAACCACUACAGAAACUAAUGCAGAUUAAGGGAAAAUACAUCAUAGAAAAUGAAUAUAAAAAUGUGUUUACAGCAAAAAAUUAACAGUCAUAACAAAAUUAUGACAAAAAGUACAUGACAUAA